CUACUUGGAAAUUUAUCAGAAGGUCCAGGAAAUGGUGCUGAAAGCCCCUUUUUUUGGCAUGUGAAAAAUGUGUGUCUUUCUGCAGCUCUUAAAUGAAACAUUCUAAUUUCCCCUUUUCAAACAAUAUUUCAAGAUUGAGUGUAAUUUUAACCUCCCUCUCCACGUUGUACUAAUGGGUUUCUGGGGAAAAUGUCUUUUCAAUAGCAACCAGCUCGAACCAGAGAGGGAGAACUGCCUUUUUCCAGCCCACUUUUCUCCCUCAACAAAACAAAAUGAAUUAAUAACCCGUUUGGGGCCGUUCCCAGACUUUCCCCUCCUCCUCUGGAAGCAGAAAACAGGUUGUUUAUGACAUUUUUCAGAGAUGGAAACCAGGGGCUAUUCAGGAUUCCAAGGAGCACGAGGGCCUCUCCAAGUGGACAAAGCAGAGCAGGGACGUGGCAGUUGUGAUGUCCAGGCUUGGUCUGCUCCUGAAUUUUCCUCAUCCCAAGGGAAGGGAUGCACUGGGGGGUUGUCUUGUCCCUGAACCUACAGGACACCUUUGAUAAAAAAUGCUCCCGUUGAAAAAAUUCCAGUUUCUUGCUGGUGCAAGGGCAUCCUGACUGGAACAACGGGAUAGGUUGGAGCUGGUGAACUUUUUCAUGGAUUAAGGGGAGUUUCACCUGACUUCCUGCUUGGAAAAGGCAUGAAAUGCUCGGGAGGAGCUCAGCAGAGACAUUUGGGAAUAAAGCCUAAAACCUGGCUGAACUCACAGCACUUCCAAGGGAAACUCCCUGGAGAUAGUUUUUUAUGGGAUGGGUCCACAAAGCUCUUUUUUUUGCCUUGCAUCCCUCCCAACUGGAUGGGAAGGGAAGUCACCAGAAAUCCCUGGUGAAGGAGCAGGGAACCAAACCCUCGCCUUGUCCUCUGCUUCCAGGUCCUGUUGGACGAGGCCAACUCUCCAGGCAGCUCUCCAGGCACUGCAGCCUUCCAGGCAGCUCCUGGCUCAGCCUGCCCGUUCCCCAGCCUUCAGAAGCAGAGCACAACCCCAAAAAACCCAUGUCUUCUUCUGAGCCCAUCCUGGACCUCAAGACAGACACGGCAGAAGCAGCUCCAGCCCACAGCAACCCAGAGGAGCCGCAGCCAAGGCCCGGGACGAGGCAGGACCCAGCUAAUUCCAGCAGUGGGAAUGCUGUUGCAACCUCCAGCCAUGAGGAGCCCAUCCCGCCCCCGACCAUGGCCGAGACCCUCCCAGGCACAGACACUGAGGCAGAGGAGAAGAACCCCAGCCCCACCAACUCCUUGCCAUGGCCAGAAGCCCCCGAGGAGUGCCCAGCCCGUGGCCCCGAGGAGUGCCCAGUCCGUGCCCCUGAGGAGUGCCCAGCCCGUGCCCCUGAGGAGUGCCCAGCACGCCCCAACACCCUGGACUUCUCCAAGUCGCUGAAGAAGCUGGAGGAGGUGAAGCAGGCGGGGCAGAGGCGGAACAGCGACCAGGUGGUGGUGAAGGAGAACGGGGUGGAGGUCAGUCCCGCUGCUCUCCCGGUGCUCAGCGAGGAGAGGAAGGCCCUGGAGUCCGAGCUGGGCAAGUGCAUCGAGGAAUUCCGGAAGAUCAAGAUCCCUGUUGCCUUCCCCAACAAGAAGAGGCAGUGGCAGAGCGAGCUGCUGAAGAAGUACCAGCUCUGAGGGCCCAGGGGAGGAUGUCCUCUGCUGUGCUGAGUGUCUCCACCGCUGUCCCUUGGAGAGCAGGUGGCAGAGGUUGUCCAAACGCUCCCAAAAUGAGGAGUGUGGGUUGCUCACGGAGCCCAUCCAGACGUGGAAAGGGUCACAGGCCUGUACCCACCGUGGGAGGGAUGCACCACAUCCCCAGGGGCAUAGGCAGAGCUGGAGGGGUGGAGGAAAAAAGAAGGAGAUCCAGGGCCAGAGCUGCCAUCCAGCGGGAGUUCCCACAUUUCUGAGAGUGAAUUUUCCUGGCGUUUCAAACAAUAAAAUCUAGUCGGUGUCCAAAAUGAA